AUGUCGAAAACAGAAAUCAAGAAACGGCAUGUGCAGGACGUCAAUACAAGCUCCAUGGAGGCGUCCAAGAAUCAGCCGAAGGCUGAAGCGCGAACCGUAAAAUGGCAUGAGGUUCCCGAAUGGCAGAUUGACAGCAGAUAUAUCCUCAGCGGCUAUCGACCAGCAAAAGCAGAUUAUCUAGGAGUUUUCACCAGCUUAACUUUUCUACACAAUGAGACUUGUAAUGUCUAUACCCACCUAGUCGGGGCUCUACUCCUACCACUCACCGCCUUUACCUUCAUGCGAGUCUUCCCCGACCCUCAAUUUCUCAACGUUUCGGAAACAGACUAUAUUAUGUUCGGACUCUACUUUGUGGUUGCGGAAGCUUGUUUAGUUUUCAGCGCUAUUUACCACCUAAUGCAAGAUCACUCGCAGAAAGUAGAAGAGUUCUGGCAUGGAAUGGAUUUACUGGGAAUCGUUAUCGUAACAGUGGGCACAUUUGUUUCAGGCAUCUAUUAUAUCUUUAUCUGUGAACCGAGAUUACAAAAAAUACACUGGGCGAUUAUUUUAACCUCGGGCACUGCCACCGCUGUUCUUAUUGCAAAACCUACGUUUAGGUCGCUGCGCUGGCGGAGGGUGAGAGUGGGCGCCUACUUUGCGCUUGGGGCUUCAUCACUCAUCCCUCUGCUGCACGGAACCCAGCUAUACGGACUCGAGUAUAUGCUUCAAUACGCGGGGAUGAAAUGGUAUCUAAUAGAGCUGUGCUUCUAUGGCGGUGGGGUCAGUCUGUACGCGUUCCGAAUUCCAGAGCGCUUAGCACCGGGCAAAUUUGAUAUCUGGGGGAGCUCGCAUCAGAUCUUUCAUGUCUUUAUCUUGUGCGCCAUGUUCACACAUGUGACUGCCCUAAUGCAGGCUUUCACAGCAUGUCACACAUUGGAUUUGUGUAAGGUCAAGGACGCAUAUCGAGCAAAUUGA